AUGACAUCACCAAACCUCAAACCACGGCUGUCCGAGCUUAAACGAUGGAUCUUGAUGAUCGACAAUUUGCGUGGUGGUGACGACGGAGCGGCUGAGGCCGUGACGUCACACUUCACCGGUGGUGUAACCGGCGCCGCCAAGUUUGUCACCAGCACCGUUGGCAACACUGUCGGCGGUGUCGGCCGCACCGCCGGUAACGUCGUGGGCGCUGCCACACGCGGGAUCGGGGACACGUUGACCAGUGCCACGGGGUCCGCUGGAAAACCUGUCGGCGACGCCAUCGGCUCCAUCGGCACGGGUGUCCAGAGCGGCACCGAGAGUGUGUCCAAGGGCGUUGAGAAUGCCGGGGAGUGGAAGCGAUAA